AGGACGGGCAGUUUGUUUGGCGGGUUGCUUUGCAGUUUCCAGGCGGUGAGAAACAUGUCCGCGGGGUGAUUCUGCCCAUCAGGUGAUUCCGCGGAUUAACCAUAUCCGAACCUCCGCCAGAUCAUCAUCAUGGAUGCUUGGAGGGGAAAGGUGUCUUGGCACGAACUUUCGUUCUGGAGAUAACCUACUAUCACUAGUUCUGUUCGCUUCCAUGUCUUUAUAAGGAUGUUUUUUUGACUUGACUCUGAAAAGCUGUGCCUGUUCCUACUUCACUCAUGAAACCUGGCUUGGUGUAGAUUUGUGCUUAUUCAAUUAAUUCACGGACCAUUUCAUCCUCCUGCUAUCCGCCUUAUCUGGGUCAAGCUUCAUGUUCCUACCAGGUCUCCUGAUGUUGUGAACAUCUUCAUGUGAUCUGUCAAUGGUACGUAAACCACCACCUUCUAUAUUUAAGUAAUGUCACAGUCGGAAAUAGUCAGCUGGAUGUUAUAAAGCGUGAGCGGUCGGGUUCUUGCUCUUGCUGAUUCAUGGAUCUUCAGGUAUAUAAUCGGUUGACUUAGGCCUAUAUCCAAACUCCCGUCCGCUAGGACGUAUGUCUUCUGACGAUGCUUCAUCACCUUCCAAUCACAAACACACAGCAUCUAGUUUCGCAGACGUUUUCAGAUCAUUAGGCGUUGCCCGUUCAAAAUCGCUUUCGCCAAUCCCAGGGAGAGAGAACAGUGAUACAUUGUCGCAGGCAUCGGAUGGACAUAGGAAUAGCUGGAUCGCUCUUGGGCUCGAAUCAAUGCAUCGCGGCAGUGUUGUUUCCAGCUCUUCAGACGCUUCUGGUGCGCCAGAUUUCGAGACGUCUAUAAGGAACCUGGCGCAGAAACAAAACCUAGCUCAUGCGAUCGAAGAGGCAGAGCAGGUGUCAAAGUCACUUCACUGGUUUACCUCUGAGCAAUCUUUAGCUCUGUGGGAGGCUGGUUCGUAUUUGAUUCAUCAUGCGACCUCUCCGGAAGCCCGGAGAGGUGGCUCACUAUUAAUGGAAGCUAUCGCAGCGCGCCAAGACCUAUCUCCAGCAGCUAGAAAAGCGGUCUUUGAGUUGAUAUCAUGUCCCUCGGAGUCCGACGUAGUGCCUGCACGGGUGAUCUCGUUAAUUUCUCUUUCUGAUCAUGGAAGGAAGUUAGAUUUCGCUUCUUCUUCCAUUAUUCCAAUCAUCUCGUCAUGUGUGGUCCCGCUCUAUGAACUGAUUUCAACCGCUCGACUAAAAGCGAGAAAAUCCAAAAUCACCAAAGCUAAUGGACUUGCUUAUGACGAUGCAAUCCUGGAUGACUUGCUGCAGUUUGCUAUUGACUUAAUCACUCUACAGAGGAAACCCCCAAAUAGCGAAGAGGUCCGAUCGUUGCUUGAUCAACUCUUUAUUAUCUGCAAGAAGACAAGUGUUGCAGCCGACAUCAAAAAUUCUUUGGCUGUGUUUGAGGCUAUAAUUCUCUAUUCAGAUGUCCCGGAUGGGAGCUUCGUUCCAAUGCUAGAGGUUCUAUGCAACAUCUAUGCCUCGGUCAAGUCGCUGUCUGGCCCCACGUCACGGACCGUGCGUAAUCUCGCAAGGUCAAGGAGGCAAGACGAAAUGGUGAAUAGCCUCUACGGUUUUUUAUUUGGAUCUUCCGAAGAACAAGGGCGGAACCUGAACAUCCUACGUGGAACCGUGCACGUAUUCACUGAUCUUAUCCGUGCGUAUGGUCAAGAUGGUAUGCCUCGGCUUCAGUUUGAACAAUUGAUGGACUCUCUACUAGUUGUCUUAAAGAAGGACGAUGGCAGGCUAGAAGCAGACGUUCUAGAUCUGUGUCUGAAUAUUCUUGAGGGCGAGUUUUCUCACGUGGCUCUAGAACGAGAUUGGUCGGUUUUUAUCAACAUAAUUGUCUCAUGUUCGCUCAGAGCUGUUGACGAAUCCGGAGAAUGUUCAGCGUCAAGCUCCACUUCACAGCUAUCUUACCCAAGAGCCAGUGUGUUGGAUGAUACAAGGUCCAGCAUUUUAGCCAACAUUAUUCAAAUCGCCUCUGCUUUAGAGACUGUUUGGGAGCGCAUGAAUCGACAGCAAAGGCUGGAAGCCACGCGUUUUCUGAUGAAUGUCUGUCAACAUGUAGAGCCUCCCCAGGCUGAGCUUAUCCUGAAUACAAUGAGGGGUGAAAGACUUUGCUUCCCUGAGAACCCUGACUGGAUACGGCAUUGCCAGAGGUUGAUCCGCUGUUUCGUUCGAUCUCGCACUAAACCAUCAGAAAUCCGCAUCCUAGCUUUGGAUACGGUGAAGGAGGCUUUCACGAACUACGAGAACCUGUCCCAAUUUCGAGCGCACGGACUCCUCAAUUCCAUGCUAGAAAACUUCUCUGAUGAGGAUGAUAUCUUGUUCCUCGAGUCACUUGUAUCGUUUGUUGUCGAUACUUCUAUCCUUGUUGACGAUGAAACUUCCUUCGUUUUUUUAGUAGACACUCUAGGUUCGCCAAUGAACAAGGAUCUGAGCAAAGACGGAGCACAUGGCGCGGAGUCGCCAACGUUAGCCUCCCCGCAUUCGCCCUCGCCUGGCAGCAUGUUGGAGUCAUCUCUAGCCAACGUUUGCUCUGUUGGCUUGGUCAGGGUGUUUCUCCGUUCUUUGAACUUAUCGGCCAGCAAAGCAAUUCUGGUUUUCGAGGCGCUUCUGAAGAUAGCUCAAGCGUCGGAGAGAACAGUAGACUCUCGCUUAACAGUGCUCAAGGUGUUAUUUAGGCUCCGGUGCGACUCUUCAGGCUCUAUCGCCGUCCUGUCUGUCUCUGAGAACGACUUCUUGAUGAACGUUUCUGCUCGAAAUGCUGAUUCCGGCCCCAAGCCACACACUACUGCCGACGAGCACACGGGAGACUACAGUGCAGAUAAUGAUAACCAAAGGACAUCUAUUUCCGGUAAACAAUCAGCGAAAGACAAUGCUAGUAUUUCCUCAAAGUCUUCUGGGAGAAAUACAGGUAUCCCUCUACGUGCGUCGAAGUUGACGCCACCAGUCUGGACACACACCUCCUCCCAGGUACUUCCUGAACAACCACCCGAUGAAUCGAGUCCGUUUGUAUAUGCUUAUACAACAUCCGACACAUCCCAUCAUCUAGAAUCGGAUCCAGCGCAGAAGGUUGCAUUGAAAGCCAACAUGUGGUUAGAAACUGUCAUCUCGCUGUUGCAUCGCGAUACCAAUUGGGAGAUUUACAGCUAUGUUCUUACUCAUCUCGCACCACAGCUUCGCAACAGAGAUUUUUUUAAUAACGCAGUUCCUCAAGUCAAGCUAUUGCGUAGCAUAUUGUGUGAUCAGGUCAAGAACGAUUCCUUCCGUGAACCCCCGGCAUCGACUGGCGUGAAAAAGACCGAUGUAGCGGGAUAUAUAUUCGACACCUUGUGCGUACUAAUUGGCUAUCAUGAAUUCUUCGCCAAAAGCGAAGAAGACGAACUUGUGCGCUCAUUUAUGAUGGGCAUCAUUGGAUCCUGGGGAGGUACUUCUCGUGGAUGCAUUCACGCCCUUUCCGUCUGCUGUCAUGAAAUUCCACUUUCCGUGACAAAAUCAUUGAACGGAAUCCUUGACAAGAUGUCUAAAGUGAUCACAUUGGCCAACCUUGCAGUACAUAUUCUGGAAUUCCUUGCAUUACUCGCACGAUUACCUGACGUUUAUGUUAAUUUGCGAGAGGAGGAGAUUCGUACUGUCUUCGGCAUCUGCAUUCGCUUUCUACAGACUUCUAGAGAACAGCGCUUCAAAGCUUCGGAAUCAACGAACCGGAACCCUCAGUUGUCAGCGAAACUCGGAAGUGGCGUGCGGGAGACUGCUGCUCUUCCUGCUGAGAUGUCGGACCCAUCCCUUCAGGACGGAAUGUCAAGAUAUAUUUAUACUUUAACGCACCACGUGAUGGUAUUUUGGUUCUUAUCGUUAAAGUUACAAGACCGGGCCAAGCAUGUCAAUUGGAUCACUAGCAGGCUUAUCUUUAGGGAUGAGCAUGGAAAGGAAAUGGUCGAAGAACAGAGUCAAGUUUUUCUUGACUUGAUGCAAAGGGUUGCUUUUACCGAUUUGGGCGAGACUAUUCCAUAUGCAACAUUCCCCCCAGCCCCGGCGGAUGGCCCUGUAUCAAAGAAGUCAUGGGUGGUGGGCAUGAGCAUAGUCACUGUGGAAAUAGCUGGCGUGUCCGGCCUAACUCAAAUCACGAAGAGGCAGGCAUCAGGAACUACGUAUGCCAUGUACCAGCAACGGACUGCUCCGGUCCUUCCACAUCAGGUUCCUCCAACACCCGAUGCUCAUCUUCAUGGUGACGGCAUGCGCACUGCUGUCCUUCCUAGUCACGUCAUGCUUCAGCUAACAACUACGGCCUUCCCUACACCUACCGCGAUGCAGCCAAUUCCCCUGCCCGAGGAUGACAUCACCCGUCGGGCACUCAGCACCUUCGACCGAAAUGAUAUCGUGGAUGGGCACAAGAUCGGCGUCAUCUACAUCGAUGAUGGUCAGAUGUCCGAGGCGGAUAUACUUUCCAACACUAGUGGUAGUCCCGACUAUGAGUACUUUUUGUCAGGACUGGGAACGAAGGUUCCUCUCAGAGGUGCUCAGUUCAAUACACAGGGGUUGCACCCCGAUAUUGACGGGGAAUCUACCUACGCCUGGCGUGACCGAGUCACGGAAAUCGUGUACCACGUAGUGACAAUGAUGCCUACCACUUUUGACAACGACCCUGCCUGCAUCAACAAAAAACGCCACAUAGGGAAUGAUUUUGUCAACAUCAUUUUCAAUCGGUCAAACAUUCCGUUCAACUUUGAUACAAUUCCGUCUCAGUUCAAUUUCGUGAAUAUCGUAAUUAGUCCUGCGUGCCGUAUCGCGAGUGGGUUUGAGCCGGCAAACAUGGACUCGGAGGGCUACGAAAAGCUCUUUUACCACGUCCAGGUAAUGAGCAAACCUGGAUUCCCAGAGAUAUCACCUGCUGCUGCGCCCAAGAUAAUCUCGGGAAAGAAUCUGGCAGCCUUCGUACGCUUUCUUGCCCUAAACGCUUCAGUAUUUUCGCUAGUCUGGAACAGUCAAGGAGGCGAGCAUAUUUCCUCUUGGCGAAAUCGGUUGCGGGAGAUCAAAAGACUUCGGGAACGAGCUUUAGGUUCUCAGACUCAGACCUCUGAUACCGCAGAGGGAGCUUAUCCAGGCCAACGCCGCAACACGAAGGCGAACAUAUUCUCCGAAGAACUGCCAUCACGUAGUGCCCCUGCACAGUCAGAUUUUGCUACCGACUGGAAUGCGUCUGCGGAUGCCAACAUCCUCCAAAACUUGGAUUUCUCCCGAUGGGGACGGUGAAAGAACUCUCACUGUCUACUUGAGGUUGAGGUGCUACAUAGAGUUCCUGAUCUGGCAAUCGUCAGUGUAAGAUGAACGGAAGUAAAGGGUAGGGGAAACAAAAAAAAAAGAGGGAAGGAACACCUCUAUGACACUCUACCUAUGUUCUCAUUUAUGACUUCUUUACCAUGAUGGAUUAAUGUACAUUUCCAGUUAUUCAGCCUGUGUCAAUACCCUUUUGUCUUUCUGUGCAUAAAAAAAACAAAAGUUAUCUCGUUUUGUUACCAUCCCCGCUCAAUCUCAACCAUCUAUCGAUGUGAUUUUCUUGUGUACUAGGUCCAGUAUGAGUCUAUUGCGCUUCCUCCAAGGCUACCUACCGUGAAGGAAAAAAGAGUGUUAUGGACCUUAACAAAAACAAUCACUGGCAGCUGCUGGCAGCGGGUAAAAAAAAGUUCUUGAUAGAGUUUCGAUUGUUGUUGGCACUCAGGUUUUGCGUGUUCAUCACCCAUGUCUGCCAUGUACUGUAGAAGAAUUGGGAAUGACGAAUCUACAAUUACGGAGUUGUUUUUUUCCUGAUAGUCCCCGUUAAGGAUUUGAUGACAUAUAUAUACAUUACCACCUUCAUCAUUUAGUCCAUCACUGGCUGGUCGCGAGUACUGCUGUUGCCUUCC